AUGCUCCAAACUGGCUGUUUAAAUGCAAUGAAGAAACAUGUUCAACUGGAAUGGAGGUGGCAGACUAUAGCAAAAACCUCAUCGUAUGUCCUAAUCAAUGGCUCAUCUAUAAUCAAAGAUGUUACUUCAUUUCUGAAGAGAAGCGGACUAGAGAUCAGAGUUGGCAAUACUGUAAAAGCCAGGGAGCAGCACUGCUUACUAUUAAUGACAAGAAGGAACUGUAUUUCAUAAUUGCUUUAACGGAUAAGAACUCAUAUUACUGGACUGGUCUGAGUUGUAGCAGAGCAAAUGCGGUGAUAUGGGAUGAUGAAACACCUCUGGAAACUAACUUAUUUAAUAAAUAUUGUUCUAGACCAGGCUGUGUCGCCAUCUGGUCAAAUGGUGUGUAUAGUCAUGCAUGCUCUCAGCCAGAGCAAUGGAUUUGUGAAAAGGCAAGCACACAAAUACAGAUGUAAUGGGUUUUGGCAACCUUGAAGAAGACACCUUUUUGUUUGUUUGUUUGUUUGUUUGUUUGUUUGUUUGUUUGCUCAGAAUGAUAAAAUACAAAUACCCUUUUUGAAAAUAUGUAAUAAAAAACACUGUAACCAUAUUUUAAAAUCACACAACAUCUAUAUGUAAAGUAACAACUGCACUGCAAUCUUUGUAUUGGUACAAUGAUUUCUGCUAAUCAAGUUUUGCCCAUAACAAUAUUUCAUUACUGUUCACUGUUUAUGACUAUAUACAGAAAUAAAAAUCAACUGAAUCUUGA